AAAUUGAACCAUUAUAGUAUAAGCUAGUAAGCCAAACAACAAUUAUCCUUUUGUCUUUUUUAUCACAGAGCGUUCAUGUCGCGACUCCGUUCACAUUGUUUAGGAACUUAAAUCAUAAAUCAUAUUUUAUUUAAUUUAACUGAAAGGAUUGUAGUUAAGUUCAUAUACUGCGCGAGUGAAAGUGAUUAGUGUAUCGUGCUAGUCACGUAAGGACAACACAUAAGCACACGUCCAAUGCUUACGUAGUUUUAUUCUACGUCAUUAUUCAGUUUGGAAGUAGGUGCUACGAGAUGAGGGUCACACCUUUUGUGAAGCAGUGCUUUGCGGUAUCGAGUGUCGUCCUGAAUAUGAUGUCGUAUGGCCUUGUGGCCGGAUUCAACGCUUCCCUGUUCUCUGAACUCAGGAGGACCCGAGAGAUACCUCUGGACAUACAUUCAGAGUCUUGGCUGGCAUCUUUGAUCGGAUUAACGCUUUUUGGGGGCUCUGUGAUUAGUUCACUAGUGAUGGAAGCCAUUGGACGGAGACCGGCUAUUCUAGCGAGUUCAGUUUUUAUGAUUUGCGGGUGGAUAUUGCUCAGUCUAGCUUCAUCCUUUCCUGUCUUGUUAACGGCGAAAAUUUGUCAUGGAAUAUCCUUUGGAUUAGGUACUAUAGGAACUAUUUUAAUAGCAGAUUACAGCAGCCCCAGACAUAGGGGAUCUUUUAUAGCAACUUUACCAACUGCUAUAUUAUUCGGUAUAUUAAUUGCACAUGCUCUUGGAAUGUUUUAUAGUUGGCAUGGAUUAUCUAGAAUCCUACUCUUUUUCUCUUUACCUGGUUUAAUUGCAGCUAUAUUUUCGCCAGAAUCACCGAGCUUUCUGGUAACUAAGGGACGUUACGAUGAAUGCAGGAAAGUUUUCCGCUGGUUGAGAGGAACAGAUGAGGAUGACGAACUCGAAACAAUGAUUAAAACUCAUAUGGUACUUAAAGCAAAUAAGCAAAGGCAGAGAAUUAAAGUAUUAACAUUAAUCAAGAACAAAGCGACAUGCAUCGUGACAGCUUUUAAAAAGAGAGAAGUUCGUAUUCCAAUAAUUAUUUCGAUGCACUUGAUGGCUAUAAAUCAGUUCUGCGGGUCUACGGUUAACGACAUGUAUGCUCUAGACGUCCACACCGCGUUGUACGGAACUAAUGUCUACAUGUUCAAAGUAAUGACGUCACUAGAUGUGCUAAGACUCACUGCGGCUCUGUCAGCAGUUUAUAUAACAAAAAAAUUAGGGCGGCGUUCCAUGCUGCUAAUAUUUGUGUCCUUGAAUAUAUUCGUCAAUCUGUGCCUAGCUGGACACAUUUUUGCAAGACAACGUGAUCUUCUACCUGCUUCACAUAUGGUAAUAGGUGUCAUUCUGCAUCAUUUUCAGUGCUUCAUUAUGGGGACUGGAUCCAUACCGUUGAUAUUUGUAAUUGCUGGUGAAAUAUUUCCUUUGGAAUAUAGGGGUUUAUGUUGGAUGGUUUCUAGUAUAUUCAGCUCCACUUUCAUGUUCGUGAACAUCAAAUCAGCUCCGUAUCUGUUCUCGUUGUUCGGCGUUGACGGGACGUUAUGUUUUUAUGCUUUGAUUCUUGCCUAUAGUCUAGUUGUCACUCGUAUUUAUUUACCGGAGACUAAAGACAAAACUCUUCAGGAAGUCGAAGAUGAAAUUAGGGGAUUUGCUCUCCUCAGUCAUGAAGAAACGUUUGAGUUGAAGAGUGAUAAAGCGGAUGAGGAAGAUUAAGAAUUUUAAAACAAUAUGUUUCAAAGGCAGGGUAAACGUCUUUUAUGCCAAUUGUCAGAAAUUAGAUUUUGUUAGAUUUUCUACAUUUAAGCUGACGCAAUAUGUGCGGACUCAGCAUCCGUUCCUUAAAUAUUGACUGUUUAGCGGUGGCUGGUAGAAAUAACGGACUUAACUCCCCUAUCCUUAAGUUCGGAGUUCUAAGCUUUUGGAAUUCAGUCAGGAGGUGCUUGUGAAGUCUGUUUAACAUUCUUUAUUGUAACUUUUGUACUGUGCUUUUUAUUUUAGUUGAAAUCGUGUUGCUAUUAAUACUAUCAGAAACAUUUGCC